GUUACUUCCAUAUGCAAUACCAUUUCACCCCGGUCGAUAUUGGGUUCAUUGUCGCGCAGUUUAUCUUCCUAUGGGAUAUAUGUAUGGGAAAAGACUUAGUGCUGACGUUAAUCCGCUUAUUGAAUCGUUACGACAAGAGUUAUAUGAUCAGCCAUAUGACUCAAUCGAUUGGGCUCGAGCAAGGAAUAAUGUUUCAGAGGCUGAUCUUUAUUUGCCACAUACAAAAGUUUUGAAAUUUCUAAAUUUUGUCUUGACUUUAUACGAAAAGCUUCCAAAUUUUUUUGGCUUUCGUCAAAUUUCUCUCGAUGAAUCUUAUAAAUUAAUACAAUAUGAAGACAAUAAUACAGAUUAUCUUGACCUUGCUCCAGUUAACAAAGUCAUGCAUAUUCUUUGCACGUAUUAUGAAGAAGGCCCUAAUUCUGAAGCAUUUAAACUUGCUAAAGAAAGGCUCAUUGAUUAUAUGUGGAUGAGUUCUGAAGGGAUGUUGAUGAACGGUACAAAUGGUUCACAACUUUGGGAUACCGCGUUUGCAGCUCAAGCUAUCAUUGAUGCAGGAUUGGGCAAUUACGCUGAGAAUCAUGAUAGCAUGAUAAAGGCUUUGGAAUUCUUGGAUGACGCUCAAAUUAAGCGCAAUCCAAUUGAAAUGGAAUAUUGUUAUAGACAUCCGUCAAAGGGAGCGUGGGGAUUCAGCACACGUGACCAAGGAUAUACGGUGUCAGAUUGUACCGCUGAAGGAUUGAAAGCAGUUUUAUAUCUUCAAAAUAAAUUGAAUUUUAAGCCAACCCUAGUUUCAAAAGAAAGACUUUGCCAAGCUGUGGAUAUUUUGUUAACUAUGCAAAAUAGUGAUGGUGGAUUUGCUAGUUAUGAAAAGAUUCGUGGACCGGAAUUUCUCGAAUGGAUAAAUCCAUCAGAAGUAUUUGGUAAAAUUAUGAUAGAAUAUAGUUAUCCGGAAUGUACAACUGCUGUAUUGACUGGAUUAAGUAUAUUUAAAAAAUAUUACCCUGAUUAUCGUGCCGAUGAAAUCGAGAAAGUAUGCCAAAAAGCAGCAAAAUUUAUACACAAAUCUCAAAAAGAAGAUGGAAGUUGGUAUGGGUCAUGGGCCAUUUGUUUCACAUAUGCUUCAAUGUUUGCUCUUGAAAGUUUGGCAUAUUUUGGUGAAACAUACGACAACAGUGAAAGCGUAAGAAAAGGAUGUGAAUUCUUAAUUUCUAAGCAAAAUGAAGAUGGCGGGUGGGGAGAAAGCUACAAGUCAUGUGAAACAGAAGUUUAUUCUGGACUUGACCAAUCUCAAGUUGUGAAUACAGCAUGGUCAUUAUUAGGUUUGAUGUCGGCCAAAUAUCCUGAUGAAAAAGUGAUCCGACGAGGUAUUGAGCUUAUAAUGUCAAGACAGUUGAGUACGGGAGAAUGGAAACAGGAGGCAAUUGAAGGAGUGUUUAACAAAAGUGUUGCCAUCAGUUAUCCGAAUUAUAAAUUUAUCUUUACAAUUUGGGCAUUAGGAAAAUAUGCCAAAAUUCAUAAUAAUCCAACAAUUCAAUUUUAA